AUGCCUCUACUAAAUAAGAAACAAUUCGAAAGAAAUCAGGUCCCUCAUGGUAUAGCUCCUAAUACUAAAGUUUUUUAUCUGGAAGUCAGUAACGAAAUAUUCACUAAUUAUGACGAAUUCUUCGAUCGAACUGUUGCUCUCAAUUCAACGCAAUGGUCAUGUGAAUUCACUGGUAAAACCGGGCUAACAUACUUCGAAGCUUUACAGUCUGAGCAUGAGGCAAUGAAAGCUUUAGACGAUUUCCCAAUGUAUCUUAGAACUCCUAUUCUGUAUAUUAUUAAGAACUAUGUUUGUCGAGGAAGAUUUGAUGAUGUUUUGAACGAUAUCUCCUCAUUCUUAAAGGAUCGAUACUUCAUUGGAGAAGAAUGCAUGUUCCAAGAAGAUGGAACUAAAAGAAUUGCUAAGGUCCUAGAUUGUCAUGUAAAUUCUGAGAAAACUCAAAUCAAUGGGGAAAUGCCGAAAAAAGAUGCUAUAAUCCCAGCUGUUGAAUCUUAUCGUUAUAAAGUUAAAAUUAUUGAAGAAACUAAAGUUGAAGAUGAUGAUGGAGUUAGAGAAUACUUAUCAAGUCGUAGUUUCUCACGUAAUAAGCAUCUUGUAUCUAAGCCUAAGCUUAAGCUAUUUUUAAAACAUUUUUGUUAUUUGAACGGAGCAAGGUAUGAAGUCAAGGAAAAGUAUCUCAAAGAUUCGUCUCUCGACACGCUCACUUGGGACGAAAUAAUCGGAGGCCCUGAGCCUCUGUUUCCCAAAACACCAAUACUCCAAAGGGGUCGGCAGUCUAAAGUCCCCGUAAAUGGACAAACCACGCCAGACACUAAAGCAUCGGGCAAGCGGAAAUCUGCAGGAGGAAGAGGCAUGAGUGAAAAGAAGAAACAGAAGAUUAAUAUGCAACAGGAGGAGUUGGCGGGUUUAUUCGAAACCGCGAAAAAGCUAUCAGUGGACAUUUCCAACUAUGAGCAAAAUGAUCGUGUUCUCAGUAAUACAGAGAUUAAUAAGUUGAAAGAGAUUGUAAAAGUAGCCAAAGAACAGGAUCGUGAGUCAGCAAAAGAGCAGAAGAAACUUAAGCUGAAAGCAAAGUUUGAAUGGAAUAGAAAGAGAGAUGAUCUUGAAUGCGAUGAUCUGAAGCCAUUCCCCAACCUCCCCGCCGUUGAAAUACCGAAUUAUAUAAGUGAUGAAGACUUCUCCGAGUUUCUCACAAUCUUACAGUUCUUCAAUGGAUUCUUAGAGUUUCUACCUGUGAAAGAAAUUAGAGGGUCUUCAACUAUAUCAUUACAUGAUAUCGUGAUAGCUAUUCGGUGUAAAGAUCCCAAUCGAAGUCCAUACUGUGAUUUGAUGAAGAUUUUGUUGAUUGCAAGGUCUGAAGCCGCAGAUGAGGAAGACGGAAAUGAAGCUGAGAUUGAAAACCGUGAAGAGAUGCAACUAAUUCAACUUCAAAACUGCGAUCCCAUCCAUCCUAUUUAUGGUGAUGAGAUCAGAGAGAUGACUAGAUUACAUCGCUUGCUCAGGAAAACACAUGGAGACCCUGUUCGCCAUUUACCUGUCGAUUGGAUGACCAUAUCAGAAGUCCUCAGGCUUAUCAUUCUAACUUCGGGUUACUAUACAGGUUCAGCUACUCAUCGACACAGAUUGUUCGCUCGUGGUAACUAUCACGGAUAUGAAGAUCCAGGUUUCCAGUUCCGUUAUGAGCACCCUGAUGUAAUGGAGAAACUAAAAACAGGUUCUGUGUUCGACCUCAAUCCUAAGGAACGAUUGGAUCUGAUGCAAAUGGUCAUUUCUCAGUUAUUAACAUAUCAUAAGUUUCGAACUCUGCAAGAUGAAAGAAUCUCUCAGCUAUAUGAUACAAAGCGAGAAUGGAAAAAGCUCAGAACGUGGGAUCAGACGCAAGAAUUUGAUGCUCAUCAAGCUCAACUAGUUUGUGAAUAUGAACUCGAGAAGGAAGGAGCUGAGAAGCCUCGAGCUUCAGGAGCGGAAACUACGAGACUAAAAAGUCAUCUGAAAGCUCUUCGUGAUUCUAGAAGGAGUGAUAAAGACGAAUUUGAUCAGAUUGUUCUGGCAGGAGUUGAGUACGCAGAGUUGAACUUGCAAGAUAUACUCACAGCGAGAGAGUAUCAGAAAGAAAAGGUUAAGGAAGCUGAGGACAAGUUGUUAACUGCAAUUUUUGAUCUUUCAAGCGCUUGUGGUCAAGUAUAUCUCGGUCGAGAUAGAGCGUUCAGAAAUUACUUCAUUAUUGAUCGUCUUCCCGGAAUUUUGAUAGAAAAUCCAACAGAAAUGGACCAUAUUGGUUCUUGCUCGAAAGCGACACCUCUACAAGAGAGGAAUAAUACUAUGUCUGAAGUUGCUCAAAUUCAGAGUGUUCUCGGUUGCACAGGAACAAUGAGCACUUGUUCCGUACAUGGAGCAGUUGCAUCUAAAAGACCUCGAUGGUCACAUAUAACGACUAUCGAGAUGCUCGAUGAGGUCAUUGGUGUCUGCAAUCCUCGUGGAUUCCGUGAGUGCGAACUGACCGAAGAACUCACCUACUUCCGUCCUCGUAUCAUAGAAGUCUUAAAUAGAUUGAACAACAGAAUAAAUAUGGAUGCCUAUUGCUUGAACACUUUAACGACAGCAGGAGACCCAGCUACUUAUAAGAGUGCUAUUGUUUUUGAAGAGGAGAUGAAGGAAAUAUUGUUGGAUUUGGAAGACAAGUUAAACCGCGGAUUGGUCGGAGAACUUCCCUCUGAUAUUGAUCGCGAAGCUUGGAGAAAGCAACUUGAAGAAACUGGGGAUAUCGCUGAUACCAUAAAGGAAGAUAUGUACUUGCGAGAUGAACUCAUCUAUUCUCUGUCUGAUACAGAGAAUGAAGAGAAGAACACGAUAGUCAGAAGUCUGGCAUUAGCGUUCUUACAACUAAUUCAAGGCGUCGACAUGAAAUAUUUCCGCGCUCCCUUCACUAACCCAUCCCAGAGUGAACCUGGUACUGUUAAUGCUUCCAAAUGUUUUGUUAAUUGGCAAAAAGGAUUGUUACAAUGCGAGUCUGUAUCUGCAUUGUUCUUAUUCCUUUCCACUAUUGAACCUGCGAUUUUAUGGGACAAGAGUCGUUUACAGGGCAAAUGUGCAACAUGUAGAAAGAAGGCUGAUGCUGAGAAUUUAGUACUAUGUGUGGAUUGCAAUAAGUGCUUCCAUCCUGUGUGUGUUAAACUUUCUGCUGCUGCUCCUAUUCCAAAAGCAUGGACUUGCUUUGAUUGUACUACAACUCGGAAGAAGAAGUUAGCUGUGGAAAAACGUAAAGCUACUAGAGAAGCUGCUAUUCUUGCAUCGAGUCAGAGGAAUGGUAGUGAGGAUGGAAAUGAAGACUGGGAGAAUGACGGAGAAGCAAUUGACAUCACUAGAACAAGCAGUGGUCGUACAGUCAAACGAGUGACAUAUAAAGAAAAUUAUUUGCCCCAUAGCACUCCUCCUUUCAAUUCACGCAGACAGUCCAAGUCAAAUAUGUCUUAUGAUAGUAUCGAUGAAGAAGAGGAUGAGUCAGGACUGAGCAGAAAUAGCAAGCGAAAGAGAGAAGAACCAAUUCGAGAUGCUUCCUUCAGAACAUUGUCGACCGGCUUGAGAGAGCAAGAUUCAAAUUCCAAAGAAAAGAUGGUGAGAUUAGAACAAACCAUUAGGGCGGCCAUGAAGCAAGACUAUGCUUGGCCUUUCUUAGAACCUGUGAAUGCUAAAGAAGUUCCUGAUUACUAUGAUAUCAUUCGGAAACCUAUUGAUCUGAGAACUAUGAUGAACAAAAUUAAAAAUCGUUGUUAUGAUUCCCCAGAAGACGUACGCGAAGACUUAUCAUUACUUAUAAGCAACUGUAAACUGUACAACGAAGAAGGCAGUGAAAUAUUUGAAUGCGCUGUUCAAUUGGAUGGCUUCUUCGAUGAUAACAUCAAAGAGUUGUUCGAUAAUAAGAGAGUGAAGCGACGAUAA